GGGGACGGAACCACAGCUCCCACCAGGCCAGCGAGGCAGAAGGACCGAAAAGGAAAGCUCGGAGAAGAAGUGAACACUACCUGCUAGCAGAGGUGAGAGAGCGAGCCAGGUUUCGUGUAUUUUUACGACACGCUGGAGGAGGAGGAGACCCAACACGGCACCAUGCGAAGCACAGUUGAAAGGCCCAGGGAAAUUUGCCUUGAGGGGAUGUGCUUGCUGCUUCAAAUAUUUGACGGGCUGUCAUGUGGAAUAGGAAUCUGCCAAGUCCGGGCACAGCACGAGGGUCAACAGAUGGAAGCUCCAGAGAGAUAGAAUUCAACCCCAUGUCCGUUCUAGGUGGCAACAGCCAUGCAAUUCUCCAGCUCAUCCAGGGCAGCAGAUGAGAAUUUUGACUAUUUGUUCAAGAUUAUCCUCAUUGGGGAUUCCAAUGUGGGGAAGACGUGUGUGGUGCAGCAUUUCAAAUCUGGGGUCUACACGGAGACGCAGCAGAACACGAUUGGGGUGGAUUUCACUGUGCGCUCCCUUGAGAUCGAUGGCAAGAAAGUGAAGAUGCAAGUGUGGGACACAGCAGGCCAGGAGCGCUUCCGGACCAUCACGCAAAGCUACUACCGCAGCGCCCACGCGGCCAUCAUCGCCUACGACCUCACCCGACGCUCCACCUUUGAGUCUGUUCCUCACUGGAUCCACGAGAUAGAAAAAUAUGGCGCGGCGAACUUGGUCAUUAUGCUGAUUGGGAACAAGUGUGACAUGUGGGAAAAACGGCAUGUCCUGUUUGAAGAUGCCUGCACGCUGGCUGAGAAACACGGCCUCCUUGCUGUUCUGGAAACAUCUGCUAAGGAGUCUAAGAACAUAGACGAGGUCUUCGUGCUGAUGGCCAGGGAGCUGAUUGCCCGCAACAGCCUGCACUUGCUUGGUGAGAGCCCCCUGAACAACCUGGCCAUGGGUUCCAGGCCGGUUCUUAUGGCCCAGGGGCCGAAGGAGAAGACCCACUGCAUGUGCUGAAUAUGCCCUCGAGGCCAGCUGCACCCACGGGACGCCUGAUGUCAGAAACCAAAGUUGGCCGGAUAUCCUGUUGUCGGCC